UCAUUUUGAGGUUAUAUUCUAUCAAAAAACUAGAGUAAUAUUCAUGUAUUAUGAUUUUUCCUUGAUAUUCUGGAAUUCAUUACAUCAUUUGAAGAAAGUAUGCAUGGGCGAAUAAAAUUUUGAAUUAUUUUUCAUUUCUUAUUAGAAAUUUUUAUUCAAAUUGAGUUGAAUCUGUGUAAAUUUUUCAAAUGGAAAAAAUCCAGAAAACAGCCAUGUUAAUUGUAAUUUCGGAAGUAAUAAAUGAAUAUAAUCAUAGGCAAUCGAAGUUAUAAAUUGAUGUUUGCGAUGAAUGAUGCAAAUGUACGUUGGGCUUUCAAUAUAAAAAAAUGGGCUCCAACUUUGGAACAGAUGGCAAAAUGUACAUCAUACAUACAACUUGAAGAAAAAGAAAGACUUGGGCGUUUCUACUUUAAGGAAGAUUUCAAAUCUUCAUUAGUUGGACGUCUAUUAAUGAGAAAGUUCAUUUCAAAAACUACCAAAGUUCCUUUCAACGAAAUAACUUUUAGAAGAGAUGAGAGGGGUAAACCUUUUUUGGCACAUCCAAAUUUAGAAUAUAUCAAAUUCAAUGUAUCCCAUCAAGGUGAUUACGUGGUGUUGGCAGGUUCAAAUACUGUUGAAGCACUUGGAGUGGAUGUGAUGAAGAUGGAAUAUAAAGGAGGCAAAGAACUAUCUGAAUUUUUCAGACUUAUGAACAGACAAUUUACUUCAAGUGAAUGGCUGACUAUAAAACAAGGAACUGAAAGUGAAAAGAUUAAAAUGUUCACCAGAAAUUGGUGUUUGAAAGAAAGCUAUGUUAAGGCAAUAGGUACAGGAUUGAAUUUAGAUUUGCAAACAAUCAACUUUGAAAUUGUGCAGAAAAAUCUCAGUCAAAAUGAAAUUGUGAACAAUACAAAAUUAUAUAUUGAUGGUAAAAUGGUAGAUUGGGAAUUUCAUGAGAUGCUUUUAGAUGAUGAUCAUUGUGUAGCGGUUGCAAUAAAAGGUACCGACUUUGAAAAAGUUAAAUUUAGGGAAUUAUGCAUAAAUGAGUUGAUAGAUGAAGGUUUACCUAUACUUGAAGAAGAUAUGAUAUAUUGCAGCAAUUAUUUUAAAAAGAUGGACAAAAAGUAAUAAUAUUUGUACAAUUCAUAUGAAUGAAAACUUAUGGAAAAAUGUGUAUCUGUAUAAAAGUGGUAUAUGUUGGUAAUGCCUGGUGAUAAGAGUUCAAGAGGAAAUAAUGGGAAUGAUAACCAGAAAAAUUGAUGAAUCUAUUGAAUUAUAUAAUUCAGAAUUGUUCAAAAAUCAUUUUAUAUCCUAAUAUCCUAUCCCAUAUACUAUAAAGUUAUUUUUUAUCAUUGUUGAAAACCAAGCUUAAACAUUUUUACUAUCUUUCAUGUACUGAAAUUUAAAAUAGUUUGUGAUCAACCACAGUUUAACAUUUUUAUUAUUAUUUGGGAGAAUCGAAUAAUUUCUUAUUGUGAAAUUGUAAUGGCAAGAUUAAAUUUUCAUCAAAAUAA